AUGCCAUCUGAAGGCUCCACGAUUUAUUCUCAAGGCUUUAACUUUGGAAGUUUCGUUCUGCAUGGGGUGGACAACCGCACAGACCAAUAUACCUGCAGCGUUACUCUCUAUGAGGUGCUCGCAGAAGCUCGGAACUGUCCAACUUUUAAACUUUUCCUCAAUUACAACGCCCUCAACCCGGAAGAUAUCGGGUUUGGCAAGGGCUGGGCCUUUAACCUCUCUCGCUACCAGCAUCGUCAGGGCCGAACAAUCUCGCUGCUUCCGCUUGAGAAGCAGGGCUCCAACUAUCAUGUCAUCUACAAGUCCGGACAGCGCAAGAUUUUGUCAAACGUCAACAAUGUCUACAAGCGGUCUGUUCCUAUUAAGAUCUUUGCGGCCAUCGGCCGAUCGCUGAAGCUAUCGUGGACGCCUGUACUGUCGGUUCCCCGGCUCACCAAAGUCAGCGAUGGGUCGCAGGAUUUACUCACCAUCAAAUGCGAGUCUGGCUCCUCCACAGUCACUUGCCACCCCGAAACUCCCGAGAGCGGUACUUUCGUUCUUACCCAGAAAGACAAGAGACUGUCUCAUGUAAAGCUGCCUGGAGAUGGCAAGUCUAGCACUGAUGCUCAAGGCUGGAAUUUUAUUUAUAAAAAGAUUACAAAUUUACAUCUCCUCAGCCAAGUCACCAGCCCGACUGGCCUAGUUAAGAUGAUGACCUAUAAGCCGACGGGCUUUGUCUUUCCAGAGGUGCCCCUCAGCCACACAGUAUAUCCUGGCAAAAACAGCCUCCAAUCAAAACCUUCUACUCAUAUUCAGGGAAUGACCAUCAUAACUUCUUGGGAACACUCCUAUGUGAACGAUCCAGACUCUGUGGACCAUGGCCAUGUUCGGCAGCACAUUAACAAGCUGAAUGGGGAGUACCCAAGUAUGCGGUUGUUUGAGUAUGGCCAUACCCAAGCCCAUUGCCUGAAGACAAAGAUCAAAAUAAUGAGCUUCGAUGGCCUUGCUGUCCAAAGUGAGGUGGUCUGUAGCCAGUUCACCGGAGCAACUAUGAGCCAGGCGGAUCAACACAGGGUGCGAGUGGAAUCCAAGCACGGUGCAAUAGGUCGUGUUGUUAAGGUGAAGAUUGGCACAGGCACACUGUAUAAAGCAAUGCGGAAACACGAAUACACCCUUUCUAAGGACGGAAAGGGACUCGAGCUCACCCUGACAGAUGCCCGAGGGUACAGGACGCGAAUUAUACACGAUGCGAUGGAGAGGAAGUUCCAGUAUAAUAAAUCGGAAAACGGUGGUGCCGGAGACUUCCGUAUAGUCCAGCAGCUCAAUUAUAAUGCCCUAGGCCAGUGUACCGAUAUUAAGGACAUUAACUGGAUCACUUCCACCGGGACAGAACUCCGCACCAAGAGGAUGAUGGAAUAUGAUUACUGGGGUCAAGUCUGCAAGACAAUUAAUCAUGCUGGCGUUGCCACCAUUUCAUCCGUCGAUCCAAUCCUCCAGGCCAAGACAACCGGCAUUGACGGCAAGAGUCUGACCAGGUCCACGACCAAGCAUCCGGGCAGGUCAUCCAGCUCGCUAUUCUUAAGUUAG